UUCUAGGUCUUCGUCCGGCUGCAGGAACAAGCGCUGGAUGUUUAGGACGAAAGGGGCGGCGUGUGGUGGAGGUUCAGAGCUUAAAGUGGCGGAGGAAGAGUUUGAGGAGGCGGGUCACAGAGUAUCCUGGGUUGGCGUGAGGGGUGGGGUUCGGGCUGGCACCACGUGGCACCCCCACCUCCCCAGGCUUGAAAGGGACAGUUCCAGACUGGCUUCUCCAGGUUUAAAACGGGAAUCUUUCGGUUUGGGAGACUCCUUCCUGUUCGGGCUAGCGCGGAUCGAUAAUAUCUUGAAUUUUUUCACAGUAGCCGCUCCCUGGAUCGGUGUUUAUUUUUAAACUUUGCUUAUGUACAUGCCCUGUUUUUCCUCUUAAAUAUCUCUGGGAUCUCUGAUUUCUUCUUGUUUUAUGGCGGUGCCAGCUCUCUCUCCAAACCAAGCCUGCUCUCCUGACCUCAUUCUUUAUCCCGUGGUUUUGACAAAUGUCCGUUCACGCCCCUUUGCCAUAAUAGCUGCCUUCUCCCAGAAAUGAGUUUCUUCUAAGGUUGAGCAAUUUCCCAACACUACAGGAGAUAGUGUCCUUACCUACUGUAUUCUCUCCCUGGCUCCUAGUAGGGGUUCAUUUGGUCAGUAUAUCACUCUGCUUACUGUGUUUCAGGGCAAUGCUAGGUACAGGAUAAGUGUAAAGUGCGUAUUAUAUGCCAGUUAUGCCGAGGGCAUUCACUACUGUAUCUUUAGUACCUGGAACAGCACUUGGCAUAGAGUAGUCUCUCAGAAAAUAUCUGAACGAGUAAAUACAUUUAAUUUGUUCAGCAACAUUGUAAGUUAGGUAUUAUUAGUCCCGUGUUAUAGAUAAGAAGUCUGAGCCUUACAAGGUUAAGAAGUUAACAAAUGUCACUUGGCCAGGAGAUGUUAUAACCAGAAGUCAGGGCCUUUGCCCUUUCCGUUCCCUCUGCGCUUAUCCCAGAUCUUUGCACAGCUGAUUUCUCUUCCUGCAGGUCUUAGAGACCGUAGGUGACAACCUGCUUUAAGGUUACCCCUCUGACACUUGCCACCUAUGGUCCAUCCAAAGAGAACUUAAUGUUCUGGCUGGUGAACAAGAAGUUAUCACAUACAUUUUAUUUUCUUCAUUUCCUGUUUUGUAAGCAAAGAUCACCGUGUUUGUAGAUUUGUGUGCCCACCAGAAUACAAGCAUCAUAAAACACGUACCACAUCCAGUGGUAUUUACUGCUGUGUCCCCAGUGUUUGUUACCGUGGCCGAGGUGCAGUUGGAGACUGAAGAAGGAAGAACAGACUCAGACGUUUGUCACUCGACUAGUGUCAGUACAACUACACAGUGGCUGAGCUAGAAUUAAACCCACCAUUCGACAGCGCCAGUAUUGGGAGAGGGAGAGAGAAACAUCAGUGUGUGGUUGCCGCUCAUGCACUCCCUACUGGGGACCCUGCCUGCAACCAGGGCGCGCGUCCGCCAUGUCUGUGGGGCUCCGCACCCGACCGUGAGGCGCUGUGUCUCACCACGACGCUCUGCCCAGCCCUGGCCCCUCCGUACAGGCAGUCCUUCUGCACCAUUCUGGCUCCCUGUACUGCGACCCCUUCAGAACGGAGACUGCGCACAGCUGCUCACUCUGUGUUCUCGAACCUCAGCCCUUUCCCAGCACAGGGAGGAGAAGACCAGAUUUCAGGAGCCCUUGACCUUCAAGGACGUGGCUGUGGUCUUCACGGAGGAGGAGCUGGGGCUGCUGGACCCGUCCCAGAGGAUGCUGUACCGAGACGUGAUGCUGGAGAACUUCCGGAACCUGGUCUCACUGGGGCAGCCUUUCAGACCUGCUAAGAGACCCCAUUUGGAACAAGACAGAGAGAUUUGGGUGACAGGGAGAGGAACUCUAAGAGAAUCACGUCCAGGAGACAAGAAUGUAAAGGAAAUGAAGUAUAUUCAAGAAAGAGAAUUAAAGUUCCUUUUAUGCAGAGAGCUCUCCUACUGGAAAAUCUGGGAACAGGAGGCUGGUGAAUUAACUGGGAGUCAAGACCGUAGAGCAGAUCUUCAAGGGAAAGAUGUCCAGGGCCCAGACGAUGCUUCCCUGUGUCAGGAGUGGGGAGGAGCAUCUGCUCUGGGUUCACAAGUUGAAAGUUCAGUGAACAGCCCUCAAGGAGAUGGGUCCAUCGGUUUGGAAAAUCAAGAGCUUCCCACCUGGAAAGCUAUGAGACGGGUUUCCAUUCAAGAAUCUCAGACAAAAGCCUUUGUGAAUGAACCAUGGAAUGUUCUAGAAAGGAGUAAGAAUCUCAGAGUGGAGGAUAUAAUAUGUAAAUGUGAGUGGGAUGGCUAUGGCUUCAGCUGUAAGUCAGGUUGUCACAGCGACCACAGAUUAGCUGAAAGAGAGAAAUCAAGUAAUUGCGACAAAUGUAGAGAAGACUGCAAUAAACAGUCAGUACUUCAUCACCCCAACCCCGGAGAGAAUGGCUUGAUAAGCAGUGAAUGUGGAAAUGGCUGUGGGGAUGAUUCAAACCAGCCUGCUUUUCCAAGAGUCGCUUUGGAAGAGAAACCCUACACAUUUCCUGAAUUUGGUCAGGAUGUGAGGCGGACUGCCUAUCUUGAGAGACACGAAAGAAUUCCCUCAGGAGAGAAAUCCUAUAAAAGUAACAAGUACAGUCUGGGCUUCAAGCAGGACACAAGACCUCACGACUGCCUUGGGGUCCCGGCAGGAGAGAUGCCCUACAGAUGUGACGUGUGUGGGAAGGGGUUCGAGUACAAGUUGAUUCUUCUGAUCCAUCAGUGGAUGCACACGAGGAAGAAGCCCUACAGAUGCAAAGAGUGUGGGAAGGCCUUUGAUCAGAGCUCCAACCUGCUUGUUCACCAGAGAGUCCAUGGUGGAGAGGAACUGUAUAAAGGCCCUGAGUGUGGGAAGGGCCUCAGCUACAACUCGGUGCUUCGGGUCCACCGGAGGCUGCACACUGGGGAGAAGCCCUACACUUGUGGCGAGUGUGGCGAAGGGUUCCACUCCAAGUCUGCACUGCACAAGCAUCAGCGCGCCCACCCGGGAGAAAAAAGCCACAGCUGUGGUGACUGCGGUAACCUCAGCAGUUGUCAGAAGACGUACACAGGAGCAGAAUCCCUCCGGCGUGACACGGGUGAUAGAGGUUUCAGUCACAAUUCAUACCUUCGGGCUCUCGAGACAGUUCGCACAGGCAAGCGCCCGCAUGCAUGUGACGUGUGUGGGAAGAGUUUCAGUUACAGGUCGGGGCUCCUCAGGCAUCAGAGGCUGCACACGGGAGAGAAGCCCUACAAAUGCGAGUGUGGGAAGAGCUUCGGCCGCAGCUCCGACCUCCGUGUGCACGAGAGAGUCCACACAGGAGAGAAACCCUAUAUGUGUGUGGAGUGUGGGAAGGGCUUCCGGCGGAAUUCAGAUCUUCAUAGUCACCAGAAGGUCCACACGGGAGAGAGGCCCUACCUAUGUGACAUGUGUGGGAAGAGCUUUAUUUACAACUUCGACCUGGUCAUCCACCAGAGGGUCCACACAGGGGAGAAACCCUAUAAAUGCGCUGAGUGUGGCAAAGGCUUCAAUCACAGCUCGGGGUUUCUCAUUCACCAGAGGAUGCACACAGGUGAGAAACCUUAUCGGUGUGAGGAGUGUGGGAAGGGCUUUAGAAGCACCUCAAGCCUUCACAAACAUCAGCAAGUCCACACAGGAAAGAAGCCCUAUACAUGCGAUCAGUGUGGCAAGGGAUUCAGUUACAGGUCAAAUCUUCGCACCCACCAGAGACUGCACACCGGAGAGAAGCCCUACACGUGUUUCGAAUGUGGAAAGGGCUUCAAAUACGGCUCAGGUCUCCUCAGUCACAAGAGAGUGCACACUGGAGAGAAACCGUAUCGCUGUGACGUGUGUGGGAAGGGCUAUAGUAAGAGCUCGUAUCUUCAGGGUCAUCAGAGGGUCCACACUGGGGAGAAGCCCUAUAAGUGUGAGGAGUGUGAGAAAGGCUUCAGCUACAUCUCAGGUCUGCGAAAUCAUCAGAGAGUGCACUUUGGUGAGAAGCCUUCCAAGGAGGGGUGAGCUGAGGUCUCUAGUUAGGACUCAGAACUUCAUCUGACAGUGAACAUGGAGGAAAACUUGAUGGGUGUGUUGUAUUGGGAGGGCUUGCAGUGGAGGCUGGCAUUUUCACAGGUGGCAGCCAGUCUGUAUGGAAGGAUCCAGAAGUUUGAUAAAUAGGGAAAGCACUUCAGUCACAAAUUUAGUCUCCUGAGUGUUGCACAGCAGAAUGGUUCUUAAAUGACAUGGCAGUAGCUCCAGGAAAAUGGAUCACUUUCAGAGUUGGUUUAGUGGGAGGACUUGCGAAUGAUGGGUCGUGAGAAGAUAUCAAAGGAAGAGGUUAUGACCCUGGCUGGUGUGGCUCAGUUGGUUAGCGCCUUGUCCUAUACACUGAGAGGUUGCAGGUUUGAUUCCCAGUUAGGGCAUACCCAAGGUCGCAGGUUCAGUCCUCGGUUGAAGUAAGUAUGGGAGGCAACCAAUCGAUGUUUCUCUCUCUCUGAAAGCAGUGGAAAAAAAAAAAUGGUCUUGAGCCCUGGCUGGUGUGGUUCAGUAGAUUGAGCAUCAGCUUGCAGACCAAAAGUAUGCCAGUUCAGUUCCUAGUCGGGGCACUUGGCGCUGGGUUGCGGGCCAGGUCCCCAGUUGGGAGCGUGUAAGGGGCAAACAAUUUAAUGUUUCUCCCCCUCUCUUUCUCCCUCCUCCGCUCUAAAAAUUUUUUUAAAUCUCAGGUCAAGAUAAAAAUAAUAAAAAUUUUUUAAAAGAAGGAACAUACUGUGGACAUGUAUUCCACGUGGAGGAGAAAUUACUACAAAUGCGACAAAUGUAGAAAAAAUAGUCACUUUACUAAAACCAACAUUGUGUAUGUACCUCUUAGUUUUUAUAAUAUUCAAAGAUGAUGGCAUUAGUUGAGGCAAGUCCGUUGGAGAUCGCCAGGGACAGGUACAAGGACAUCCUCUGGGCACAUCCGGGCAGUGGGUCUCGAGCACACUUCCGUGUUUUUUGACUGUGUUUUAUGCCUUAGAGAGAAAGUGUGCUGGAGGUUGUGCUGGACCGCAAGAAUAUUUUAUUUUCUCUAGUUUUAAUGCAAAACCCAGUGGGUUUUUAAUUGACAUUGAAUUGCAUUUAUAAGUUGAUUUGGAAAGAACGUGCAUCUUUGAAACACUGAUUUUUUUUUUUCAAUUUUGAAAAUGCUAUUUGUUUCCACUUACUAAAGUAUUUGGAAUGACUGCUUCAAUAUUUUUUAGGGGUUUUUAAGAAUAAGCUCUGAAUAUUUCUUAGUAUAUUUUCAGGAUUUUUCUGUCAUGAAUAUUUUUAUCCCAUUUCAUGGUAGGUUUAUUUUUAAUGUAUAAGACAAAUAUUAGAACAUUUUAAAAAAUCAAAUGCCAUUUUUACUUGUCAGCAGAGCAUGGUAAAACAGAUUCACCAAGGCCACCACCAGUGGUGAUCUGUGGAGAUGCACAUCUUACACACUUAGUGGUGAGAGUAAAAGGAAGUAGUCCUUUUUAAAAGGAUUUCCCAGUAUUUUGAAUUCAAUUUGUAUAACCUUUGAAGCAGCAGUAUAAUAAUUUAUACUUGGGAAAUAGUCACACAUGUGAGAAAAGUAGGAAUAUGACUGAGCUUCGUAGCAUUUUCUUACAAUAGCAAAAAAGAAAAAGGUAAUACUUCUAGAGUAAUAAGUUAAGGCAUGUGGGGGUGACUUUCCUUAUAGUUCCCUCCAGCCACCACGGAUGAGAGUAAACAUGACUGAGACAUGAUCUGCUUGGGGUGGAGAGGUGGCCAUUUUCCCAGAGGAAAAAGCCUGUGAACAGUGGCCAGUUUCUCAGGGGAAAAAGGCAUUGAGCUCUCCCCUCCAGGGGCCUUUAUAGGGUUGUAAUGCACAGGAAUACAGGGUGGCAAGAAUCAAACAGGAGAUAACAUUUCAAAGAAAUUGAGGGCUUAGUCUGAGUCAGAGUCUGUCAGGAAGAGAGUUUUAGGGUUUCCUGCUUGAACCCUUAACACAUGAAUGAAAGCACUCUUAGAGCAGAUUUCACAGGUUUAUCAGCAAGUGUUUGUGAUGCCAGAUUUUUUCCCCAGGACACGCUCUAGCAAGGCAAGGAGCUGCACCUCUCCCCAUCAGGUAUUCAGGCUUAAGGGGAUUAGAGCCAGGAAGUGCUUCUCCCAGAGGACAUGGGGACUUGGGCUAUGUCAAAGGCGGGGGGGGGCGGGGGUGUGUGUGCACCCAUUGCUCUUUGUUGUAGCCCCUGAGUCCUUCCAUGAAGGCCUCCCAAGUGAUCAAGUCUGGCUUAGGUUCCCCCACCCCUGCUGUGAGGGGUCUUAACCGUCAUUGACUUCUGACCAAGCUUAGGGGGCAGGGAGAGGAAACCGAGGCAGUGUUUGCUAUCAGAGACAAGCUUUGUCUCCUGCGGCUCACAUUCCAAAAGUCGUCCCUCGUCCUUAACCACAAGGAGUCGAGAUACAAUUCCUAGAACCAGGCAGAGCUGUCUACAACAAAGGCACAUGCGUACAAGUGAAAACCACUGAAAAUAUUCAGGUAUGCCUAUGAUGGUGAAGGUUGCCCUGAACUACUUAGUGAUCCAGGAAGGCUGUAAAGGUUACAGUUUGACCCCAUUUUGUUAAUAUGUUUUUGUAUGUUCAUAGAAAAAAAGAUGUGUGAAAUGCCAGUAAACAGAAUAUAUGUCAAUCUCAUAAAGACAGUAAGGCUGUUUCAAAAAAAUUGGUCUGGUGGAACCCUUAUGGUCAAAGGUCGGUGCUGUUGUUGCGGGAAGAAAGUCACACCGAGAGGAGGUAGCGGAAAACAUGAGUAGUUUAUUAUGUGCACGGGCCCAGAGGAGUCAGUCUACAAAUUCUGAGCCCCGAACAAAGGGUUCUUGGGGUUUAUAUAGUCUGCAGGGUCUUCCUGUCUACGUGGCAAAGCGGGAUGCAGAAGUGGAAUGCGGAAGUUAGUUCUGGCUACAGGGCUUAUCUUAGUCCUUGGGAACAUCCUAUUACUUACUUUCUUAAAGGGCUGGCUAGCUCUUCCCCGGGGUGCUUGGGAGUCGGGUGAACAAAGGCUUUCCAAAGCUUCCCGUGUCAACAGAACUCACCAGAGGACGGAAGCCCAGUGUUGGCAGCAGGAAAUGGUCAGCUUCCAGCUGGGGGCAGACUGAAGGAUUCUGUGGAACAGCAGCAGGAGCAGGCCUUUGGGUGAGGAGGUCAGUUUUAUAGCCAAGACCACAAAUAAUAGACACAAUCCCCUACCAUCAAAUCUUCCAGGUUUGUGGUUGAAAAGCUAAGCUCAGGAUUUACAUAGAUGAGCAGCAGAUUCUUAAAAUUGUCUGUCUGGGUGGAUUGCCCCCCUUUUCUGGAGCUGGCAGUCAGAUGUAGGCACAGUCAGCUGAGCACGUGACCAAGACUUAGAGGGUCUGCCUCCAGGAUGGCUUUGGGCAGUGUCUAGCUUUGAGCAGGAGGCCUCCGUUCCUCAGUGGCUGGGGACAAAGAUCCAGUUCCUCACCACAUGAGCUUCUCUGCAGGGCUGCCCUGGGGCCUUCAUGACUCGGUAGCUGACUUCCCCCAGAGCAAGUCAUCAGAGAGGAGAGAGCAAGCAGGUAGCCAUGGUACCUUGUAUAACCCAGUCUCUGAAGUAGCCGUCCCUUGUGGGCAGGGGAUAUAGCUCUGUCUGGCAAGGAGAAAGAUCAGAGGACUUGUGGGUGUAUCUUCCAACCAGCACACCUCCUCACCACCUGGGAGAGGAAUGAAGAUGGAGGGGUGGUUCCCACAGUCAGUCUUCGUGCAUUUGUGCUAGUUAUCCUGUCUGCUCUGCUACUUUUCAGUCUGCUAGACGCUGUCCUUGUGGUCCCACUGGAUUGCCUGAAGCUUAGCUGGGUGCCAGUCAGCUGCCAAGAUGUCAGCGGCAACAAGGGAUACAAGACAGUCAAGGGCAGGACUCUACAGCCGCUGUAGAAUGGAUUGUGUUGGGUGUAGACGUGCGGUGCUUUUACGCAAACCCGCAGCAGUGGGAUGGGAUGGGAUGGGAUGAGACGGGAUGUUCCUCUGUUGUCACUCUGGGAGUGUUAUGUGGCAGAAAGGUUAAUUCAAGUUUAAGGGGGUUUGGAGAGUUGUAAGCAUACCACCUGUGGGGCAGAGGCAGAAACCAAAUGAUCGGUGAUACACGAGGAGGGAUGUUGAGCAAGUUGGCUCUGACCGAGAUGGGCUGGCAGGGGAGAUGAGUCUGGUAUAGAAUAUAAAGUUCAUAGGAUAGUAAGGACGUGACCCACCAAUAGGUCAGUGAUGUGGCCAUUUUAUAGGGCCGAGCCUGAGACUUAAGAUACCUGUGGAGCUGAGUGAAGGUUCAGUAAAAGGAAGAUUCUCCUUUAGAAGAUACCCACUGACUA